UUUUUUUUUCUUUGAUUUGAGGGGACUUUGGAGUCUCAAUGUAAGGAAGCUAGCUGUGAGACUAAAAAUAAAGUUUCUCAGCUUACAGUUGAUUUUUCAGGCAAUAAAAGAUCUCGAUGGCUUUCAGACACACUCAUGAUUUAGCUUUUGCAAAUAAAGAUGUUGGAAGCACAGAAAAUUUCUUUAUGAAAGAAAAAUCUGUCUUGUUUUCUCCAUGUUUUACGCACUGGCUAUCAUUGACUAAAAAUUUACAUUACAAGCUGGAAUUUUAACUUUUCCACAAUGUCAAUUUAAUUUUUCCAUGAAUAAAUGAGAAAUGGCAUUGAGUAGCUGUUCUCCAGGUACUUUAAACGCCUCAGUAAGUCAUGAUAGCUGCCUAAGAGGAUGGUCUGUACUCCUCAUCUAAAGGACCUCUUCAUAAACACUGUGUUAACUACUGUCUACACUUCAGAUAGAAAACUGGCACCAUGUAUUACCCAAAAGGUAAACCCACCUCAGCAAGUGGAUCAAACAGUCCUUCCGGUGCCUUGGUAAGUAUUACUCUCGUCACUAAUUUCCUUCUUCGGUUAUUUAUGUUUAAAUAAAAAAAAAGUGAGCCAUUGAUUCCGCCAUUUCACUCGAAAGUGCACCUUCAAAGUGCACUUGUGGUCAAAAUUUUUCUUUGAAAACAGAAAAGGUGAACGGCGGACUUUUUCCCGGUGAUCCUGGUCACUGUGCAGCAGGCGUGUGUAUAAGAAAUGCACCAAUAUGGGCAAUCUCAGAACAGAGGUUUGCAGAAACCAUUCCUAGAGGCACCAAAAUGUAGUUGACCGGUUGUCUGACCACGUGGCUGCCAGGGGCCUAGUGAGUCUGCGCACACGCACUCCCUCCGCCCCUGCCGUUCCCUAGUGGGUGCGCAGGCGCAGGAGGAGCACACCGUUGCCAUUGGAGACCUUCACUCCCUGAGGAGCCUGAGGGUCGGCUGGGUGCUGGGCUCCGGGCUAUCCCUGUGAUGGUAGCUCAGCCAGAUCUGGGGACCUGACGCUGAGCGCGUUGCCAACCAGGAUCUUCCUCUUCAUGUAGGCCCGGACGCUGGCGUGAGAACCUGGUCUGGGUCCUGGACGAGCGCCCCCCGAAACUUCUCGGAACCUUGAAUAAGUAAAAUGCAAGAAGUCUGCUAAAGAUAUCACCAAAGGUUAGAGAGAAAACCAUCUAGAGGAAAUGCUGGCAGUAUGGCAUGUGUUCAUUCAAAAAUCUCUACAGCAAAUUCUCUUGUUUUAGGGGCUAUCCAGAUUAUGAUUGGCAUCUUUCAUGUUUUCAUGUGGUACUUCCUAUUGGUUUUGUAUAAGGGGCAAAUUAAAGGAGCCUUUGGAAUAUAUGAACCUAUAACUUACAAAACAGGAUGUACUUUGUGGGGAAUUUUUUUUAUCAUUGCAGGAGUCUUCAUAAUAGCAGUAACAAAGUAUCCAACUCGAGCUGCAAUUAUAUGUACUUUAAUCAUAAACAUCUUCUGCAUAAUAACUACAAUUACUGCAGUAACUCUAACAAUAAUAGAGUUGUCUUAUUUCAAUUCUCCGUCAUACAGGAAUUAUGGACAAGCAAAACUUGGGAGGGAAGUAUCACGUAUUUUACUGUUCUUCUACCCUUUGGAAUUUUCUGUUGCACUUACAUACUCAGUAUGUAGCUGUUCCAAUUUGUUUCGAAGACAAAGUGAUCUUACAUCUGUUGCUGAGGAAGCUGAGAACACUUUUUAACAACCCUAGAAAUGUGAGAAUUUUGCUGUUGCUGAUGCCUGAUGUGGGUCCUAAUGAUAUCCCUGUAUAACAAAGCAGUUACAAAGCCUACAGACUUUGUGCAAAAUAAAAUACAAGCGAGGUGAAUUUUUCUCCUCAGUAUUCAAAAA